AUGUCCUUGCAACUGCUUUUUAACAAAUUUAGACCGUUAUAUUUGUCGCUUAUCACGAAGUUAGGAAAAGACUCUAUUCAAAACACCAACACCGUUUUGGCAAUAAACUUGGUGAAUAGGUCGUUCUCUGCCGUCGGAAAAUUUAAUGCAAAGCGUGUUAUCAACUAUGACUCUAGUCAGUUAACGCCUGGUAUCCAUCAUAAAAUCCAUCUUUAUUCGAGCAAAUACAUACUUAAAUCCCCCGACUUUUCGCUAAGCGUAUCAAGAAUUAUCGUAAUUCCUAAGCCUUCUCGGAGAGAUAUUUGUCAUAGUCGCUCGCUAAGCACCACAGCCUGUCUUUUUGAUUCCGGUGCUGCAGAGUCGGAUUCCCCUCGCCCACUCCCUCCCUAUUACCUUACAAACACCGAGGCUGCAUUACAUCGAAUUCGUAACAAAAAAUCAACGUGGCGGUCGAAAUACCGAGCCAAACAACUUGACCGAAUAAAAACAGCAAUUGCUGCUUCUAUACUCGAAAGGAAUCGGCCGACAUGUAACGACGAUUUCGAACUUAAAGCUUCAAAAUAUAGGGAUAUUAUUAAAGACAAAGUAACCAAUAAUGACAUAAAAGUUGAUAAGAAACGAUUACUGCUUGAUUCUAUACGAAACAGAAAAAUAGCCAAGGCACUUGAAGACGAUGUAACCGAAAUAACUGGUGAAUUAAAUCAAGAAGAUGUAUACAGAUUAAAAAAGAAAAUAGAUGGUUACCGAAAGUAUGUUAUAGAUUGGCGAACGAAAGGGGCACUACCUGGGUGGUUAAAACAUCGGUUAGCUGUCAAAGAAAAGAUAGAGUUUGAAAAGUGGAAUCCGAAAAAGAAAUUGUCGAGCGAACAGAUGAAUCAGAUUCAGAACCUGCAUCAACAACACCCCGAUCAUUUUACAGUUCCCAACCUCGCGACUGAAUUUGGAAUAUCUCAAGAAGCAGUACGGAGAAUAUUAAAAGCAAAUUGGAGACGAAACGAGAAAUAUAUUGAACGCCGGAAGAAACAAUUUGUAGAGAAGUUGGUAGAAUACAAGGCAGAAUUAAAGAAGAGGAAAUAUCAGAGACGAAAAGAACUGAGAGCGGGAAAACGUGAUGCCAAGUUGAGACAGUUGUUGUGGACACCGCCACCGAAGACGGAAAUGUGA